AUUUUGGUGUCUGCAUUAUCUGAGUUCUAGAGUUUUGUCUCUGUCCAUAACAGUGACUAGAGUGAGUCCAAGAGAGAGAGACAAUUAGAGAGUAGGAUGAUAUCAUCAAGGCAGAAGGAAGACUCACUAACUUCUUCAGAAGCAGGACCUUGGCUUUUUUUUGGCUAUGUGGAUGAGGACAUAGCUGGUCAAAUUUUCUAUGACAUAUCAGAAGAUAUUUACUAUGAUAUGAGAAUACCUGACAUUCUCCCAAAAAACAUUUGCACUUGUUCACAUGGAUGGAUGGUAAUAUUGGAUACUAAACAAGAAGGAAAAUGUUUCUUAUUCAAUCCUUUCUCUUUGGAGAAAAUCCAUUUACCACCUCUUGAAUGGAAGUCAUUCAAAUACGAUGAAUGUUUGCUAUCAUCUUCCCCCAAUGAUCCCAACUGCAUUGUAUUGUUCACUAAACGUGACGAAGUAAGAUUCUUGUUUUGUCGGCCUGGACACAAAUGGUGUAGUUAUAAUCUGUUACACGAACUAUGCAACUUAUAUAGUCCAGUCAGUUGCAAUGGAACCAUAUAUGAAUUAUUUAAGUUUAACGUACCUGUGAGGAUUAAUAUUGAAUAUCAUGGUAAUCCUCGGAUUCGAGUUGAACUUUUACCACAUAUCCCAACUGUAAAAUCAGAUUUAAUUGGUGCAGAUUUGUUAUCAUACCCUGAUUGGGAGCUGGUUGGGUUUUGCAAUGAUCUCUUUCUUUUCCACAAGUAUUACUUGACCCGAAGAAGUAGUACUAUGGUUUGGAGUUUCCAGAUUUUCAAGAUGGACUUUACAAGAAUGGAAUGGAAAAGAGUGAGAAACCUUGAAAACAAGGCAUUAUUCAUUGAUCCAAAUGGAAAAGGUGGUUUCUGUUCUACUACUACUACUACUACUACUACGAAAGGAUCAUCUUCAUCAUCAUCAAGGAUUUUGAGCAACUCCAUCUACUUUACUCAUGAGAAGGAUAGUUACUUGUAUAGAUUCGACAUGAAAGAGAAAAGCAUUUCGGCUACAUUGCCUUGUCCACACCUAGAUUCCAAAAACAUUGCUAAUUCAGUGUGGGUAAUGCCUCAUGAUGAUCAAUCUGUAAAAAAUCAGAUCAUGAAUAUGCUAGGACAGAAAGCUUCACAGGGGAAAGAAAAAUAUAUCCUUGGAGAGAGCAAAAAAGAAGAUUUGCACAUCGCAUCCAAGGUGGUGACCUCUUAUCUUGCGUGCACAGUUGGAUCUCUACUGCCAGUAUCUCUACUUUUUGUAAAGAAGAAUAAGAUGAAGCUAGGAGUGGUGAUUGCAGCGGCAAGCAUAGGUGCCUUGUUAUGGAUGGAAAAUUUUAUUACCCAAGAAUUUUAUUUAUUCCAACACCAUUUGUAAUAUUUUUAUCUUCAUAUGAUAUGAUUCUUCUAUUUAAGUAUACAUUGCUUAGGAUUUCUUAUAAACACAAUGCACUUA